AUGUCUACUCCGUCGCUCCCUACCGACGUCCACACCUCCGACCGAUCCCAUCAGGGUGUAUGUGCCCGUGUUAGCAUCGGUCAAGUUCUUCUUUCUGUUCGAUGCAAGGAUGGUAAUAGUCAGCAUGCCCAUGAGGCACUUUGUCGUGCUAAGUUCAAGUUCCCUGGUCGUCAAAAGAUCAUUGUCAGCAGGAAAUGGGGAUUCACCAAGUUUAGCCGAACUGAUUAUGUGCAAUGGAAAUUUGAGAACAGAAUCAUGUCUGAUGGUGUUAACGCUAAGCUUCUUGGAUGUCAUGGACCCCUUGCAAAUCGCCAGCGUGGGAGAGCUUUUCUAGAUGUUGUUGCUUAA